AUGGCGAAGCCGAAGGGCAAGUCGUUGCAGCAGCGGUAUAAAUACCCUCUACCUAUCCAUCCGAUAGAUUAUUUGCCGUCUGUUAUCUUGCACAACCCAGUAUCAUGGGUGUAUUGGGCAUACUGCUUUUGGAAAGCUACCAAUAUACCAUCGAAGAGGGUGCACAUAGAGUUUGAGGGCGGUGUGAACUUCCCUCAUAUUGUCGUUCAAGACAAAGAUGAUAUGAAGUACCUCUGGAAGAAUGGGUUUUUUGGCACUGGUCAGUUGUCUCGAAGUGAACCUACAUGGUUGGAAAGACAAGAAGGUGCUUCAAAGGAGCGUUCCAAUGACUUGGCGUUAGAGAAAAUCACAGAGAGGAGGAGAAUACAGCGACUAGAGUUCAAGAAGGAGCGUGUCAAACUGGAGAAACAGUUGCUCGAUUUGAGAAGGAACGGCGGGAAUAUCGAGCAGGAGAAUGCCCUACUGGUUCAAGAAAGAGAGAUGCUCCGAAUGUUCAAACAGCGACAACAGGAAGAGGGUUUGGGAGACAAUAACAGUGUAGUUGAAGAGUCUAUGAUUGAGGGAACUGCUGUUGAUCAUGAAUACGUUGACAUAGAAUCUUUGGAGCUCAUGUCUGUUGAGGCUACGUUUCUUUCAUUUGCACUACCUAUUCUAGACAUUUCUCCCAAAGUACUGCUAUCAAGAUUGUUCGGUCCCUCGAAUGAUAUAACCUAUGGCGACAUACACAAGUUCAUUACACACUACGUCACAUAUCACCAUUAUAGGUCGUUAGGCUGGUGUGUCAGGUCCGGUAUAAAGUUUGGAUGUGAUUAUCUGUUGUAUAAGAGAGGUCCACCUUUCCAACACGCAGAGUUCUGUAUUAUGGUUUUAGAUCACGAUAAAAGUAAGGAUUACACUUGGUACUCGAGUAUAUCUCGUGUCAUUGGCGGUGCCAAGAAAACCUGUGUUUUGUGCUACGUGGAAAGGCUACUACCGGAGGACCAAAUUGUAGAAUAUUGGAGGACGGACAAUUUUAUAAAACUAUUUGGCUCUUACCGAGUCGGUGAGGUCAUAUACAAGAGAUGGAUUCCUGGUAAGAAUCGUGAUUAA